AUGACGAGAUCUAAUGAAAAUUUUGAAAAUUUUAGUAUGGACGGUGAACAACCGUACAAAAUUCAAAAUGAUUAUCAUCAACGAGCUGUUGGUUUUCUUCGUCAAGCACUUGAAUUCGACGAACAAUCAAAUAAUAAAGAAAUGGCUAUUCUAUUAUACAAACAAGGCAUACGUGAAUUAGAAAAAGCAGUAAAUUUAAAUGUUGAUCCUAAAGAUAAUCGUGCUGUGGAUCUGCAUACAAAAAUGCGUAAAAAUUUAGCUAUGGCUCGUGAACGAGUGCAUGUUUUACAGGAUUUACUCCGUAAAGAGAAUGCAAUACCAGCAAAAGCUCAGGCUGUUCCACCAAAACCUCGUCACAUUCCAACGAAAGCUCAACAUCCCACGCCUCCUCAUAAGAUUUAUUCACCACCUCCAUCUGCUUUACCUAAAUUUUGCUAUCGUGCUUUGUCACCUGCUAUUGCUUCUUCUUCUUCUUCAUCAUCAUCAUCAUCAAAUCGUGUAGCACUUAAACCAAAACAGGCACCUACACAUGUAAUUGAAAGAAAAGAAGUAUCAUCAAAAUUAAAUGAUAAUGCAGCAGCUGCUCAAAACAAACGACCUGUACUCAAAUUACCUAAUGUUGAAAAAAAAGAAUUACCAUCAAAAUCAGAUGAUGAUGCAGCAGCUGUUCAAAACAAACAAUCUUUACUUAAUUUACCUAAUGUUGAAAAACAACUUAUUUCAUAUAUUCUUGAUGAAGUUAUAGUAAAUAAACCUAAUGUUAAAUUCACUGAUAUUGGUGGUCAAGAAAGAGCCAAACGAGCACUUGAAGAAGCCGUUAUUUUACCUGUUCUUCGACCCGAAAUGUUUACUGGUCUACGGGCACCCGUACGAGGUAUUCUAUUGUUCGGACCACCUGGUAACGGCAAAACAAUGCUGGCAAAAGCUGUAGCUUCUGAAGCAAAAGCUCGUUUUUUCAACAUUACUGCAUCUAGUUUAACAUCAAAAUAUGUUGGUGAAGGUGAAAAACUUGUUCGCACUUUAUUUGCUGCAGCUCGGGAAUUACAACCAUCAAUUAUUUUUAUUGACGAAGUUGAUUCAUUACUUACUGAACGUAAAGAAUCGGAACAUGAUGCAAUGCGUCGAUUAAAAACUGAAUUUUUUAUUCAAUUUGAUGGUGUUCAAACAAACAGUGAUGAUCGUAUUCUUGUUCUUGCUGCUACAAAUCGUCCAUUUGAAUUAGAUGAUGCAGCAUUAAGACGUUUUCCUCGUCGUAUUUAUAUUCAAUUGCCAGACUCAAGAACACGUAAACAUCUUUUAAAACAUUUACUUAGUAAACAAGAACAUAGUUUAACUUCCAGUGAUUUCGAAUGGAUUGCUAAUGAAACACAUAAUUACUCGGGUAGUGAUUUAACUGCAUUAGCCAAAGAUGCUGCAAUGGGUCCAGUACGUGAAUUACGUGUUGAUCAAUUAAAAGAAUUAUCUGUUAGUCGUAUUCGACCAAUAUCACGACAAGAUUUCAUUCAAGCAUUAAGAAAAAUUCGACCAAGUGUAUCACCAUCAACACUUGAAAAAUAUAUUACAUGGGAUCGUCAAUUUGGUGAUGGUAGUUCUUAA